CUUGAGACACACGAGCCAGAUUUAAUUUGAGGGUCAAAUGGCCUGACAACACUUAAAACACCCUGUGGUGAGUAAAUCUGAGGCAAAGAAGCCUGAGACUAAAAUCACCUGCGGUGUUCUUUCUGCUCCAUUUGACAUGUGAAGCCGUGUGAAGCCACAUGCAAGAUAUUUUCUGGACAAAGAGUUUUUCUGUUUUUAUCUUUUUGCAUACUUUUGAUGGACUAGUUUGGAAAAGAUAUAACUACUGUCUCACGUCAGAAGCACGGCUUGACUCCCGAGCAGAAAAAGUCAUGUCGUAUACGUCUAAACUUCCUGCAUCCUGGAAUGAUAAACCCCCUUCGCGGAAAGUGGACAUUGAUCUGAGUUCACCAGGUCUUGCGGUAUUUGAAUUGGAAAAACUCUUGUUUACUGGCAAAGCCAUCAUCAGCCACGCGGAUGAAGUGUGGCCAAGGCUUUAUGUUGGUGAUCAACACAGUGCAGAGAACAAAGCUGAUCUGUCCAAGCAUCGUAUCACACACAUCCUCAAUGCAGCUCACAGUAAACGCAGGGGACAACUAGAUAUCUAUGACGGCAUGAACAUCACCUACAUGGGCAUAGAGGCUCAUGACUCCUGUGGCUUUGACAUGAGCGUCAAUUUCCACGCAGCGGCAAACUUCAUCCACAGGGCUCUCAGCAGAGGAGGCAAAGUGCUGGUGCAUUGUCAUGUAGGAGUGAGCCGUUCUGCCACCCUGGUCCUGGCUUACCUGAUGCUGAAGCAGAACCUGACCCUUGUGGAGGCCAUUUGUGCUGUGAAAGAUAACCGUGGUGUAAUCCCUAAUCGAGGAUUCCUCAGACAGCUCAUCAAACUAGAUGGCCAGCUGUUUUGCACACAUCACUGAACCCUGUCUGAUAGUA